AUGGGCGGAAUCGCGGUGCUGCUUGUAGGGCACCCGUUUGAUACAAUAAAGGUUUGGCAGCAAAGCGUGAGUGCGCCACGCGUGCUGGCCUCGGUGACACCGGCCACGGAAAGCAGCUGCAGAGCAGCAAUGGAGUUGUACCACAAGGAGGGAUUUCGAGCCUUUUACAAGGGUGUAUGUGCCCCUAUGUGUGCCGUGGGAUUUGCCAACGGGGCUCUCUUUGGUAUAUAUAGCACAAUAGUUAAUUUUUUUAUUCAUAGUCAGUCAUCUCUGUUUUAUUACGAAGAUGAUGACCAAGCCACAUUUCAGUACACGGACGGCAGUGAAUAUGGGCGCAGAGGUAUGGUUGAAAGCAAUGCCACCGAGACGUAUCAAAAACAAGACCUCUCAGAGCACUUCCGCACAGGCGGGGGGCUGAGCGCCUUUGAAAACUUCAUUGCGUCUAGUGGGGGCGGCAUGGCGUAUGCGACGGUCAUGAAUCCCUUUGAAGUGGUGAAGAUACACCGGCAGACGGAGCAUCUCUUCCCCAACCGACGAUCUUUUGGGACUGUGCACUGCGCGCGACGUUUGUAUGCGAGUGGCGGCCUCAAAGUGUUCUUUAAGGGGUAUAGUGCGACUUUGAUUCGGGAUAUUCCUGGGGCUGGUGUGUAUCUCUGUACCUACAGUGCUUUUAUACAGAUGAUUGGUGGCGAGAAGAACUACAGCGUCCCACGCAUCUUACUCGCCGGCGGCUGCUCUGGUGUGGCGCAGUGGAUCGUCAUAUUCCCCCUUGACACCAUCAAGACACGAAUACAGGUGGCCAAGGAGGGUGAGCCAUUGGUAUGGACACGAUGUGCGAGGCGUUUGUAUAGCCGUCGUGGCUUUGCAGGUCUCUAUUGCGGGAUUGCUCCUGCCCUCGUGCGCGCGUUUGCCGCGAACGGCGCCGCCUUUGUUGGCGUUGAGGCAACGCUUGAGUUCUUCCGCACGACUGGAAUGGAACCAUAA